UUCUAUUAGAUCGUCACUGAACUACAAAUUUAAGUCCUCUACGAAACAGUGAGAAUGUGAACUUCAUCUUGAGCUACUAGUGGAACAUGAACAUGCAUGCUCACUAACAAUGUCUGACAGGAAGAUGUGUAUUUGGUAAACAGUUGUCUGCUGAAGUUUUUUGGGGGUUCAGUGUGUUGUGUAAAAAGAGGUGUUCGGUCGUUGUGCUUGGUGGGGUCUGCAUUGUGCUUUAAACCGCCAAUAAUGGUGGCUGUGAUGUGGUCCAACAGUAGGCUGCCAUCAGUGUCAUCGAAAGCUGCAGUUCAACUCCUUCUGAUGAGCUUAUCGGUUUGCCACUUGAUUGGAUUAGCUGCCAGUAAAGAUAUGGACGAUGAUUAUUCGACAACUCCCAUCAAAUAUCGGCUCACAACACCAUGGAUACGACAUAUGACCCGACCUCAUGGGUAUUUACCCAAGCAAACAACCCCAGUUAUGGGAGGAAGAUCCACCUUGAAGCCUUUCUAUCCGGAGACCACAUCCUCAAUAGAUAUCACAACUGGCGACACCACCACACUGCUGCGACACACCACGAGUCAUUUACACACUGGGUCUUCGUUAACCGCUGAACCUAUCCAUCCAACCACACCUAGUCUGGUAACUGCGAUACCACCAGUAGUCCACGCCACCAGCAGCCUACCUCAGUUAACCACUACCUCUCCUCACCCAGAGCAGUCGACACCAGCUCCUCAAACUCAAAGACGAUCGACCAGGGCACAGACUGCCCAAUCAGAUACCCUGCCUCAUUUUACAGAGGAGCAUCACCCUACUACCCGACACAUUCGUCACCCUACUACCCGACACAUUCGCCCUAACCCUACUGAGGUUAGACCCACUGAUGAGCACCCUCAUCACACUGGGAAACCCUCUCCCACUGAAGAACCAGUAAAAUCGCAAAAACCAACACCACACCCUCCCACCACAACCCAAUCCCAACCCACCAUAACCCAAGCCCUACCCAUAACAACCCAAUCCCAACCCAUGACAACCCAAUCCCAACCCAUGACAACCCAAUCCCAACCCAUCGCAACCCAAUCCCAACCCAUCACAACCCAAUCCCAACCCAUCACAACCCAAUCCCAACCCAUCACAACCCAAUCCCAACCCAUCCCAACCCAAUCCCAACCCAUCGCAACCCAAUCCCAACCCAUCACAACCCAAUCCCAACCCAUUACAACCCAAUCCCAAGCCAUCACAACCCAAUCCCAACCCGUCACAACCCAAUCCCAACCCAUCACAACCCAAGCUAAGCCCAUCACAACUGGAAACCCCCCAGCGUCAUCUCAUCCAGCAACCAAAUUAAUUCCUGUACCGUCUGAAAAUCCAAAGACUCCAAGAUUGACAGCAGUUCCAGCCACACAGGUACCCAACACCCAUAGUCCUCAACAGGACACAGCUGUUCAACUAAUUCUUCAAAUAUCCUGGACUGAACUUUGUCCCGACGUGGCCAAGCUUCGCUCCUCCAUCUCAAAGUUUGCCGGUGUGGUUUUAAAUCGUUCCAGCCCGCCCGAUGUGGAGCUCCUGAAUGACACUCUUCAUUGUCCGUUAAAGAAACGUCUUAAAAUUAAAGGAAACCCUUUGACAGUGGUACAGGUGGAUUUUUGUAUCGUGUCUAAAGGAAGAUGUGAUUCUCCACUUACUGAGAGUGUGGGUCUUAGCAUGCAGGGAGACAUUACUCAACUACAGACCUAUCUAGAACCAAAGGUGUUAUCAGUACAUGUUUACAAAUCGACCCAAACAACUGCCCACCCCAAUAAAAACGACAAACCACAAGUUGGCGUAGCAACAGGUUUGAGUAUAACAACACUACUUGCUGUCGUGAUUGGUACAGUUCUUGCUUACAGGAUCUAUAGAUCUCGUCUGGCCAAGCGACGCGCCAUUCAUAACCGGUACUACUUUGACGGCAAAGUACUACAUGACACGUUGAAUGAGUCUCAUCAGUUGAGUCCUCUUCAUACCAUCUCUAUUAUGCCUGCCACUAUCCAUCAGCUCAUGCCCGCCGUUAAUGAAGGCCUGGUCAUGGAUGAUGAGGAGAUAGGAGCUUCUGAGAUGUAUCCAUCCCAUGUGUUGAGUAUGCACGCCUUGUCUCAGUUCUAUAGCUACGUUGAGGCUAUUGUAGAGGAAUACGAGACACUAGUCGACUUUCAGAACAGUGCCUUGAACAAAUCUCAAAGUUCUCCCAAGCAUUUCUUGAGCCUUCCUGGUCAUGGACACAGCCAGGCCCAUGGUCAUGGCGGCAACUCAGGCAGUCUGUUUCACCCUCCACCCAAGACGAGAAUCACUCUGGAGAAAGUCUCCCCUAGCAACCAGAAUGGAUUCCUUAAUGCAAACUUAGUCAAGGGGUAUGGUAAAGGUGGCUAUCGUUACAUUGCCACUGCAGCUCCAUGGGGUACCAGUCUAGCUGAUUUCUGGGAGAUGGUAUGGGAGCAGCAGUCUAGAACCCUGAUCUGUCUCUGUUCACCUGAGGAGAUGGGAGUGGUGUGUCCGUGGUACUGGCCGAGGGAGGAAGGCAUCCAAGCAGCUCAGCUCUACGGUGACAUCUUGGUGAUGAGACAAGGAUGUAUCUUGACUGAGAACUACUGUAUGUCAACACUCCUUGUUAAGAAUAUCCAGAAGAAUCUGUGUCGUCCAAUCACCCACUUUUGGUUUACACAAUGGCCGACUUCUGAUGUUCCAGCUAGCAGCGCAGUUAUGAUAUCAUUCUUACUACAAGUUAGACAAACUGUACAAGAAUCCUACGGUCCUAUCGUAGCCCAUUGUAGUGACGGCUGUGGUAGGACUGGUACCCUACUCGCCAUGGACAGUGGUAUGCGUAGCUUAGAGGACCUGUGUACCGUGGAUGUACCAUCUAUUGUUUGUAGCAUCCGACAUGACAGAGGGGCCGCAGUGCUACUGAGAGAACAUUAUGCUUUCAUUUAUAAGGUGUUGUACGAGUAUUCCGUCAUGCUCACUCGCGGUUUGACUGCUAACAUUGAUGCAGACAUCAGCUUGUGUUAGAGGUUGCGUUCGUUGAGUGCUAAGCUUCCCAGUCACCGUUUAGCUACAGUGCUAAGCUACACAGUCACCGUACAGUAAGUUGGACUGCUAAUUAUGGUUGAUUUAAUCGAACAGUAACUGAUAACAGUACAACCUAGCCAUUCUAAUCUCCCUUCACACUGGGCACAUGAAAACUUGGUUGACCUAUUCACACAUGAUUAUUUAACCCUGGUAAAUACCUGGGAAACUCUACCCCUGCUUUGUCGUAUGGUUGACCCUUCAGAGACUAGUUAGUUGACCUUACUAACUAAGUUAGUUGUUAUUUCACCCAACUAUGGUCAGAUUAAAGGCAGUGGACAUUAUUGGUAAUUGUCAAAGACUAGCUUUCACAGUUGGUAUAUCUCAACAU